AAGGAGCCUCAUACAACCAAAACAAAACUUUUAUUAAACCAAGACAAGAAACGACAACAGGAAGAAAACGCAAACCCUCCUCAAUGUUUCCUUUACACUUUUGCUCUUCUUUCAUACCUUCUCCCUUCUCUCUCUUUGUUGGAGCUCUCUAUGCUAAUUUUGAUUCUAGCAUCUCCUUCAUUGAAAGUAGUUGCUGUAGUUGUUGGAGCCCUUUGUCAUCAGUACUCAGUAGAGCUGGAGUUGCGUACUUUAGGUAAGAAAACGUCGUAUAGAGAAAACGACUUGUCGUAGAAUCAUCUAAAAUGAAAAAUAAUAAUAAAAAAAAAACAAAACCCGUUGGCUGUUUUAAAAGCGGGCGAUGGUGACACCCACACCAGAUUUACGCCCAUCAAAAGAUUUUCCGAGAAGCCGAGAGAGGAAGAAGAGGGAGUACAGCACACACAGCUCAGAGAAAAAAGCAGUAAGCAUACUUCCUCUUGUUUCUUGCAUUGUUACGGUUGAUUUUAGAUGAGUUGGAUAAAGCGUUGUCGUUUUUUUGCCGAGGCUAACAAAUUCACACUCUCCGAUCAUGGGGUUUCCUGGUUUAGUAAGCAUCAAAAUGGUAUUCCUAGCAUUGGAAGGGCUCGAAGUCUCCAUUGUUUGCAGCUUCAGAGAGGAUGGUUACCGGCAGAAAACGAUGGUUUGUGGGCUGCAGAUGUGGAUUCUCUGCAAAGGCUGAUUUUAGGAAGUAAUAUGUUAGUCAAAUAUAGGCUAUCUCCUACAAGUUCCCUUUGGUUGAAACAGGGCAGAAUGAGUGCCUCUCGCGGAUAUGCACAUGGUCUGGAGAAUGAUCCUCACUUGAGUAGAGAUUUCCUUGCCCAGCUUUGGAUUGCAGAGAGGAAAUUGGAAAAAACUAGAAAGAAAAGUAGAAGGAAUGGCUGUUAUGGUAAUAUGCCACAUAAUCGGCACCGAUGGUUCUUAAAUCCAACUGGAAGACAAUUUUCGGAUGGAACUUGGACAGAAGAAAGAUCUUGUGACCAUGGUGAAACAGUCCUGAAGCAACCACCUCCUAGCCAAUCCGUCUCUGGUUUUCUGAAGCCAUCUUCUCCAGAGGAAGCCCUGGUUGCUCCUCUGCUUGCUAGGUCCAACUUGCUGAUUACUAGGGAUAUAGAGUGGGCGAAUCUAGUACUUGGUUUUGAGCAGGAAAACCGUUAUGCAGUAGUAGAUGUGUGCUACCCCCAGGCUCCUGUGGGUUUUAUUCGUGAGCAGAGUAAUGUAAUUGCUAGGCAGUUGCUUCGUCUAAGGCGCCCGUUUGUUGCUUACAUAACUGAUGCUAUGGGUAAUGAGCUGUUCAGGGUUCGGAGGCCAUUUUGGUGGAUAACCAGCUCAAUUUAUGCAGAGAUUGGUGGUAAAGAAGUUGGUGUGGUUCAUAGACGAUGGCAUCUAUGGAGAAGAAUAUAUGAUUUGUACCUUGGAAAUAAGCAAUUUGCUGUGGUUGAAAAUCCUGGACUUUGGAAUUGGACAUUUACGUUGAAGGAUAUUAAUGGGGAAGUUCUGGCUCAAAUAGAUCGUGACUGGAGGGGUUUUGGAUUUGAGAUCCUUACUGAUGCUGGUCAGUAUGUGAUACGAUUUGGUAGUUCUGAUCCCAGGUCCAAGAGUGGUCGCGCUGCAUCGAUUCAAGAUUUGGAAGUUGCCCGUCCUUUAACAUUAUCAGAGAGGGCUGUAGCUGUUGCUCUUGCCAUUUCUUUAGAUAAUGACUACUUCUCAAGACACAGCGGCUGGGGAAUCCCUUUUGUUGCUGUUGGCGAGUAGAUUCAUAUGAGUUUGCUGGACCAGCUGGAUCCCGUAAUGUUGCUUUCUUUUUUCCUACCCCUGAGGUCUUUAAGUUGUAAACUUCAGCAAGUUGUUCUACCAAGUUCUCAGCUACUGCUUUCUGUUCAUCUUGUAAUUACAGGUGGUUUUAAAGGAUGAUGCAACUUUCCUCUAACCCUGCUGCUAGCUAUCCUUCUUUCAUCAAUCUUUUCUCCUGCAGGACUAAGACAGGGACAUAAUUUUCUCAGGGAUGAUGUCUAUUUUGACACAAACCUCUUUCCCCCUUUCACCCCCUUUUUCUGUCUGCAAAAGACCUAAGGCCACCAUCCUUAAUGUUCAAUUUAUAUUCCUUGGGAAAAAUAUCAACCCAAAUGGAGAGGACUACUGGUAGAAAAUUAUGAGCUUGGGAGGAUUUCCUUUUUUUUUUUCUUCUUUUAAUAAAAAAGUUGGAUUUUGUGAUGUUAAAAUUCAGCUAACUAGUUCGAUUAGAAGUUUGUCUUUA